GCCACAACUAACAUUUCGCUAAACCCAAUCUCAAGACAAGUAAACGAUGAGAGAGCCAACGCAAAGUGCCAAAAGACUUCCCUCAUCUUCUUUCCCUUCGGCUCCGCAACAGACGCGAAAAAGAGAACGAAUACGAUAAACGAUACCCGAGCAAGAAACCCUAACCCUAGCUUCCCCCACCCGUCCCCGAUUCCCGGCGACUGGGCCUCUCCCUUUCCGAUUUAGGGUUCCCUCGAUGUCCAGCUGCCGUCGCUUCGUCGGCCCCCGGCCUUGAGCGCCGCGCGGUGGCCCGGGCUAACGAUGAUGGGUAGAGGCUCCGUUGAUGUUCCUGCGGAGGCGGCGGUGCCCGGCGUGAAUCUCUUCGCGCAGGCCCGGAAGGCGCUGUCGGUCUCCUCCCCCUUCGACCCCGAGGAGUCCGCUCCCCGGGUCCCGACGCUCCCCUCGGGCUUGGCGUCCUUCCUCCUGCGGGGUCCGGACAGCCACAGGAAGCACAAGAAGUCCCACGGAGAGGCCGCCGAGAAGCCCUCGGGGCACGGGACGCCUCCGACUGUGUGGGAUGUGACUGAGGAGUUCUUCCGACCGGUUACUCUGUCUGAUAUCGAUUUGUUGGCGCCGAAACUCCCAUUGUGUCCCGGCUUGCUGGAUUCGUGCUUCACCAUGCCGGUGUUUGAUAAUGGGGUGGAGGAUGACAAGAAAGAUAGUAAGGCGGAUACUUGUGCAGCUGAAUUGAGUUCCAUUACAUUGUCCAAGAAGGAGGAGGUGAUUUUGGAGCAGCAAAUUGAGGAGGUGGAGAAGGUUCAGGCAACUGAGGAACUUCCUCCCAUGGAAAUAGAUGAGAUUGUGACUUCUGUUGGUGAUGCAAUGCCGAUGCAAACAGUAGGAGAUGAUGAUAAUCUGUCUUUGCAUUGGCUUUUGGGGUCGAAGAAACGAUUGGUUCUCUUGGCUGAGCGCGCCGAUAAGAAACGGAAGCUCUUGGAUGGAGAUGCUGGCUUGGAUAGGCUGUUACUGCUUCCUCAUUCACACACAGGAGUUAAUCUCUGUGAUUUCUGUUGCUCCAUAGAGAAUGGAGUGAAGAAAAAUAAGUUUCUUCGUUGCCAUUCUUGCAAAGUUGUGGUGCACCAGAGAUGUUAUGGAGUGCAUGAGGUUCCAGAGGGGGUUUGGCUGUGUGCUUGGUGUAAGCAUUUGGAGACAGCUGGAAUAGUUUCAAAGAGAGACGGUGAUGACCUCAGUUCAAGGCCAUGCUUGCUUUGUCCUAAAGAUGGUGGAGCACUGAAAACAGUGACAAUGGAUCCUUCCCUUAGCCCGAGUGAUGGUGCUGCGAAGUUUGUGCACUUGUUUUGCAGCCUAUGGACACCAGACGUAUAUGUGAAAGACACUUGGGCAAUGGAACUGGUUAUGAACAUGGGAGGGAUACAAGAUAAACGCAGGAAGUUAGUAUGUAACGUGUGUAAGGUGAAGCAUGGUCUAUGCAUAAGAUGCAGCCAUGGGACAUGCAGAACAUCUUUUCAUCCUUUGUGUGCAAGGGAGUCAAAUCAUCAGAUGGAGAUAUGGGGAAAGUUCGGAUGCACUAAUGUUGAGUUGCGAGCUUUUUGUUCAAAGCAUUCGACUUUUCAAGAUAUGGGUGGUGUUAAGGACACAAACAAUCUUCUAUUGGCUAUUGAUGAUAAGAAAUUGGUACCAAAGCUUUCAUCUGCUGUUCUACCUACUAAAAAGUUACCAACGUUACAGCUUACUCCCAAUAAAAGAGAUCAAAUCAUGAUGCAAAAUGAAAUUGCAAAUUUGAACUCAGAAAAGAUACUCCAAAUGAAGCCUGAUGAGCAGGAUGCCUUAGUUGAUAGGCUUGAUUCCAACAGUGGUCAAGCAGGUACAAUUGCGGAGAUGGAUACUGAUGGAGCUGUUGAUAGCAAAAAUAUUAAAAGAAGUACCUAUGAUGUCUCUGCAAUUCUGAGAAAGCUAAUUGAUCAAGGUAAAAUUAAUGCCGAUGAUGUUGCAUCAGAGAUGGGCAUCUCAUUGGACUCCUUACAAGCGGCUCUUAUCGGAGAAACAACGUCCUUUUCACCUGGGUUAAGGUUGAAAAUCAUCAAGUGGCUUCAGAGUUCUGUACUUACACCAACUUUGCAACCAUCAAAAGUUAGGAAUGGUCCUGUGAUAUCAUCAGAUUAUAGAGUCACAAAGUUUGAUGGACUAAAUGAUGCUAAAAUAGAAGAUCCAGGAAAUAAUCCAGGUGGUGAUGUCACAGGUGUUGAAGUAUCGGAUGCUGUUCUUGUUAAGUUGUUGCCACCACGGAGAAGAACAAAAAGCAACAUCAUGAUAUUGAAAAAUAACAAAGCAUUACGUUCAUCUGGACUGGCUUCUGUUUUGGAAAAUGGUAAUGGGAAAAUAGUUGAUGAGAUUGACAACAUUCAAGUUGUCAUAAGCGAAGAUAUGAAAGGAAAUAUUAAUGAGAGGAUAUGUUCUAGUCUCCUUAUUGGAUUGUCAAAUGACCAAAAGCCUGUGGUGAUGACUCUGGAAGACACAUCUAAAGCUGAAGAUUCUGUCCCAUCAGAUCCAAAUCAAGGGCAGAAAAAUGACAUGGCAAAUGAUAUUGAGGAGAAAGUGUCUUUUUUGCAUUAUGAGGGAAACCAAGCUGUUGAUACUAAUACCACGACUCAAAAUACCAUGCAGAGUGGUUAUUCUAAUUACUAUGAUGGUGAAGUUGAUGUGGUGCUUUGUACUAAAUCUUAUCUUGAAAAUGGUGGAUCUGGUUCUGUUUUUGUUGUUCAUCCAUUGAUCAAGAAAAAGUUGUUGCACAUGCAGAAUUCUGAACUCUUAAAGAACAAGCCUACAGAUCCAUUCUCUAAUGCCAAGUCUUUGUGUUCUUCCUGUGUCCAACAAGGAUUGCUUUGUGCUGCAAGCUAUACAUCGGAUGGUGCAAAAGAGCUUGAUCAGCUUUCUAAAGCUAAAAGCGUCGGUGUCUUGGACCUUUCCCCUGAAGAUGAAGUGGAGGGAGAAAUAAUUUACUUACAAGCUAGGCUACUUGAUAAUGCUGUUUUGAUCAAGCAUAAUUGUGAAGAUUUGUUGUUGAAGAUUGUUGAGAAUCUUGCUCAUGAGCUAAAUGCAUUAAAUAAACGCAAAUGGGACCUAAUCCUUGUCAAUCAAUUUCUUCGUGAAAUUAGAGAAGCAAAGAAGCGAGGAAGGAAAGAGAGAAAGCAUAAAGAAGCUCAGGCUGUACUUGCUGCGGUUACUGCUGCAGCUGCAGUUUCAUCAAGAAACUCUUCAUUAAGGAAAGAUUCAAAUGAUGAGACUGUCUUGGGUACCCAGGAGACUCCCAUAAAAAUAAAUGCUGCGACUGGUAUAGCUGGGUUACACCCCCCAUUGGUUCCUCAAACAACUGAGGCUUUUAGGUCAACCUUUGGUAAAUUAUCAUCAGCCAAGCAUUCCAUGGCUUUCCAGAUGCCAGAGUUUUUAAAAGACAAUGCCCUGUCCUGUGAGAUUUGCAUGCGAACUGAGACAAUAUUGAACCGGGUCUUUGUCUGUUCGAGGUGCAAGGUUGCAGUUCACUUAGACUGUUACCGUAGGCUUAAAAGUCCAAUUGGAUCAUGGAAAUGUGAGCUAUGCGAGGACAUGUCACUGCCAUCUACUAGCCCUAAAAGUCAAAUAGACGGCAAGGGCACAUCUGCUGUUGUAGCUCAGUGUGGCUUAUGUGGUGGUGUAACUGGUGCUUUGAGAAAGUCAGCAGAUGGACAGUGGGUUCAUGCCCUCUGUGCAGAGUGGUUGUUGGAGUCAAGUUUCAGAAGAGGGCAAGAGAAUCUGGUAGAAGGAAUGGAUACCAUUUCCAAGGAAAAGGCCACUUGUUGUAUCUGCUAUCACAAUGUUGGUGCAUGCCUGAAGUGCAGCUAUGGACACUGUAAAGUUACUUUCCAUCCUUCUUGUGCUACUAGUGCUGGAUUUUACAUGAAUGCCAAGGUCACUGAUGACAACAUACAACAUAAGGCUUAUUGUGGCAAGCAUAGCAUAGGGCAGAGGGAGGCUGACAACCAGCAAUGUGGUUCUGAAGACAUUAAUAGCUUAAAACAAAUACGGGUUGAAUUGGAAAAAUUACGUCUUCUUUGUGAACGAAGUAUCAAAAGAGAAAAGUUAAAGAAAGACUUGGUUCGUUGUUCACAUGACAUACUUGCUUCAAGGAGGGAUUGUGCUGCGUACUCAGUGCUUGUAAGGAGUUCCUUCCAAUCUGGGGCCAGUUCGGAAUCUGCUACAACUUCUAUAAAUAAUAGGUCCUACAGUGGAACAAUCCAGAGAUCAGAUGAGAUCACUGUAGACAGUACUGUUUCCAGGGAACACACAAUUAGGUGUUCCUUGCAUAAUAAGAACUUUGAUAGAAACACUGAUGACAGCUCCUCAUCACAACUAUCAUUCAAACGAAAAUUAGCCGAUAGGGCAUCUUUUGCUGGUAAGCAACUUCCACAAAAAUCAGCAUCUAAUGCAUUUUGGAAAUCAGCAGAUGGAGAAAAUAGACCUAAGGCAAAAAAGACAGAGACUUUCCAGAAGGAACUCGUCAUGACUUCAGACCAAGCAUCUAUGCAGAAUCAGCGUCUUCCUAAAGGAUAUUUUUAUGUUCCAGUUGGAUCUCUUUCCAAAGAACUGCCACUUGAACAGGAUUUGGAGUCUCAUGAGCUACAAGAGCCUGGUGGAUAGGUGCAAAGAGGAGUGAGUUGGUUCUUUCUUUUUCACUCGUGGGGGCCAGAGUGGUCCAGUGUACAAUUUUAAAGGAGGAUGCAGCUCGGUUGAUGUGCUGAUGUUGCAAAACAGCAAGGCUGGUGCUGAUGUUGCAAAAAUAGGGAGGGAUUGCCGAUGUAUUUGUACACGGAGAUGCAGCCUCAAGAAAAUUUUGAUGUAUAUCUAUUGAAGAUCAAAUGUAUGAAGUGUUGGAGUGAGUUUCCAAAAAUGUAUGAUGUGGCUGUUACUGUUUGUUGACUGCCAGCUGGCUGCCUGCCAUUAGCUACCCACUUAAUGGCCAUGAUGGAAGCUUGGCUCUUUAAUGCAUCUGUAUAUGUGGGUAUAGGAUCAUUUAGGUUACAGGUUUUGUAAAAUUAUUUGUACAUUCUUGGCAUCUCAAUAUUUCUUAGGACCAGUGUACUUUUUUCCA